UGUCGUUGGAGUUUGGUGAUGUUGGAAGACGGAAAGUGUGCAGUACUGUCUGUAGUGAAAAAUGGCCGGCGUCAGCGAUUACUUCAGCAUUGGGAGUACGGUGGCAUGUAAAACCUGUCAUAACAAGGAGAUUGAAGGCGAAGUGUUAGCAUUCGAUCAGCAGACGAAGAUGCUUAUCCUGAAAUGUCCAGCGUCGUGUGGCAGAGCGUCCUUAAACGAUGUACACAUAGUCAAUUUGUCAUUGGUAUCAGAUGUUCAGGUAAAGAAAGAAGUGAGUCCAACUAGCGAACCACCACAGAGUCUCAAUCUACAAAGGCUAAAUACCAGGGUACGUAACCAGAUCGAAGAGAAAAAGAGGAUGGUCAAGGCUCUGCAGGCCGGAGUGUCACCAGAGGGACAAAAACUCUUUAUUGCCAUUGCCAAGACUAUUCAGGAAAUCACAUGGAGUGGACCUAAUAUUGUGGUUUGGGAUAAAGUCACCAUUAUACCACCAUAUAAAAUUGAAAAUGUUCAGGGCAAUUCCGAUGACAAAGCAUACAAUCACGUUAAAAAAGUGGUGGAGAAACAUAUGCGAGAUCAAGCAACCGCUGAACUGCAGCAGAAAGAGCAGGGAUCACCAUCUCAGCAGCAAACACAAAAAGGCAACAGCACGCAAUAGAAAAUGAAAGGUGCGCCGUAGAAAGAAAAAAGCCGACAGACUUUUUGCGGUGUAAUAACAAUAUACAUACGGGAAAAACAUGGGAAAGAAAACAUAGGGGCAAAUAAAUUGAAGAUCAAACAAGAAAAUAUGAAUUGCAAGUCUACAAAAAAAAUGAAAACAAGGAUUAAAAAACGAGCCAUAAUUAUGAGCCUACGAAGAAUCGUGAUUUAUUCUAUGUUGCAUUUUGAUUGUAUAGUAGAUUUCGCAUGAUGAAUGAUCUAUUUACCGGAGACACAUCAUUAUGCAAUACGAGAACUUCAAGAAUCAUACGAUAAUUUUUAACUAUUCAAAGAGAGCGAGACAAAAAGAGAGAGCUUGACUUCAAAACGGAAAUAGAUCAAUUGAAGGUUUUCGACAAGUCGGCGAUAUACGAUCAUACGUGUAUGAGUGCUGAAGCAGGUGUGUUUGAUAGUUUUAGUUGUACAUUGUUACGAAAAAAUGCGUAUAGUAGUUGUUUAAAGAUCAUUCAGGUAAAAUUGGGAAAAAUGAAAUAUACAUUGCGUGGUACGAAUUAAAUAAAAACAUCAAUUAUGAGUGAAGAAGAGCUGUUAUCAAACCAUCAUCUGCCUGAAUGACUUGGCGAAGCUUCGCGUGAGAGCUGUUCGUCGAAUCGCUUCGUUUACCAAAUUUGAUAGAGAAAAAAACAAUAUGGAUGCGCAAAUGAGCAUAGCUAAUUAAAUGGUGAAAGAGAGAUUAAAAGAAUGGAGGAAAAAUUGGUACACCAUCAGAGUGUAUGGGUGUUGUCGGGCACGAGGCAUAUUCAUUAUUUCGUCGAGAGUGUUUGUAUUUAUAGUAAACAUCAUGUCAUGCCCCCGCGUCGGCAGAAUCGCAAGAGUAUCUACAGGCAAGAUUUACAUACACCCAUUUCGGCCAACGACAGGGCUCUCGCACGUGUUUGCUGAGCAACAUUCGUCGAAGUUUCUUUUUUUUAUUCUUUAUAUGCAAGAAUCUAAGACGCAUACACAACACAAAUGUGCCACCUUUUACCGAUUAACGUGGAUACGCUCCGUGCCUCGUAACACUUUGAAUGAAUGAAGCAGAAGAAUUAUGUGAGAAAGAGAUUUAAUGAAAAAACAACUACAUAAAAAAAGACAGAAUAAAUG